AUGGAGUCAGGGGAAGAGAAUUGCUGCGAGAACCUGAGCCUGGAACUGUGUCUCCAGCCGUCACGGCCCUUCGUCUUCACCUGCAACUACUGCGACCGCAAGUUCACCACCUCGCAGGCGCUCGGCGGCCACCAGAACAAGCACAAGGUGGAAAGAAAGCGCCUCCGGGAACAGUUGCAGAGCGGCCGGCAUGAUUCGGCUGCAGGUAAUCGCACGGUGGAAGCGAAGGAGAGCAGCAUGGCGGCAAGGACGACGGCGUGGUGGGGAUCGCAUCUCUACUCCUCCGACACCGGAGUCGAUGAUGCUGCCGCCGGAGAAAUCAUUGACUUGUCGCUUAAGCUAUAG